AUGGAUUUAAAUCUAACAAAUUCUAUUCACACUUGUUUUAAUGAUGGUCAAAACUAUCAAUUUAGUUCGACAAGUAUACCAACAGCGAAACUUCGUUUUUCUCUCAGUAUUACAAUUAUUAUAUAUUUUAUUUAUUUAUUGCCAUUUUGCUUUGGUGUAUUUGGUAAUAUAAGUGUAUGUCUUAUAUUUUUUCAACAAAGAAAAUUACGUUCUAUAACGAAUACAUUUUUAAUGAAUCUAUGUUUAAAUGAUUUAAUUGUUUUAUGUGUUUCAAUUCCAAUGACAUUAUCUGCUGCUUUACUUGAACAUUGGGUAUUUGGUUCAUUUCUUUGUAAAUUAGUUAAUUUUACUCCAACAUUAACAGCACUUGUAUCAACAUUUACUGUUGCUGUUAUAGCAGUUGAACGUUGGUUUUUUAUAGUAAAUAAACAAAAAUUUCAUCGUAAUUGUACAAUUUUAACAUUAAUUUUACUUUGGUUUGUAUCAAUAUUUAUUGCAUUACCAGAAUUUAUUUCACGAGAAUUACAAGAAUUUAUUCCAGCAACUAUUGUACCAUAUAUGCUUAAUAAUUAUUCAUUAUUAUCAUUAAAAAUAAAUAAUGUAACAAAUAUACAAGCAGAUUAUUAUAAAAUAAAACAACCAUGUCAAAUGAAAAAAAUUUUUUAUUGUGUUUUAGAACCUGGUUUACAUAUGAGAAUAUUUUCUUAUUUUGUUAUUACUGUACAAUAUUUAGUACCAUUUCUUUUUGUAUCUGUAAGUUGUUAUUCUAUAAGUCGUUUUCUUAAAAAACGAAUGAAACGUAUGUGUGCUUAUCAAACACCUCAUUAUUCAAGAAAAAAUUCACAAAAACAUCAGAAAACAAAAUCAUUAAAUAUGACAUAUGAAAUAACAGAACAAGAAGAAGAUGUACCACAUAAUAAUGAUACAUCAUCAACAACAAAUUCAACUGAUGAUAGAUCUAGUCAUUUAUUACCACAUAUACGUCAAGCAUCACAAAAUCGUGAAAAAUUUAAUGAACGAAAUUCUUUACCAUUAACUGACCAACAACAUUACUUACAAAGUCAAUCACAUACAAAAAGACGUUUUCAUCGUAGUAGAAAAUUACUUAUAUGUAUUGCUGCUCUAUUUACUAUAUCAUGGUUACCAUUAACAAUUGCACAACUUUAUUUAGAACAUAAUGAAGAAAUUUUAUAUACACGUGAUGGAGCUAAUUUUGUUUAUGGUUUCUUACUUAUACCUUGUUAUUUAAUAUCAUCUUUAUCGGCAUGGUUUAAUCCUGUAAUUUAUAAUUAUAUUAAUCGAAGUUUUCGACGUGAAUUUUAUGCACUUUAUUCUUGUUUUUUUAAAGUAUCAUCAACAACUUCUCAAAAAGAAUUAACUGAAACUGUACCAAAAAGAUAUCGACAAGGAACACUUAAUAUAGAAGAAUCUAAUAUAUCAUCAGCACGUCCUUCAAUAACAAAACAAGGAACUCAUGCUGUUAGUUUUGUUGAUGAAAAAAUAAAGUUAAUGCACAGAAGUUGA